GGCGCAUAUCUCUAUUUUCGCCACACUGGAAAUGCGCGCGUGGGAAGUAGGUCAAAAUUUGUGACAACUGGAAGUUGAACUGGAAAAUUAGUGGAAAAUAGACUGAAAAUCAGCUAGGGAAGAUUUUACGCAGGAAAAACAGGGAAUUUUCCCUGAAUUUCGUGGCUAAGGCCUGAGAAAAGUCCCUAAAGUCAUGAUAGUCACGAUGGAGUGGUUGUUUUGGUGCAAAAUUGUGUAGAUAUAGUGGGUGCGUGUGAGAGAAGACGAAAGACAGUCCGAAGUGAACCCGGAGGUGGUCAGAAAAAUUCUCUGCGCAGUCUUCACUACGACAUCCCGUCUCCAGUCUAUCGAUUGCCUCAGUUGGAACGUGACUGUCUUGGCAAGUGGGGAGGUUUUGUUUGUUUUUAAGCACGACACUAGAUCACUUGAAAAGAAAUUGAAACAGAAAUUAAUACCCCCGUAAUCAAGCGAUAAAUUUGACCGAUAAGACAAAUCACACAAGUGAUGGACAUGGUGUGCAGAGAUUAUUGAUGUCAGUUUGCAAAAGUCUCCCAUCCAAUUGCAAAUUAACCACGCAAAUCGAUUGUUUUUGUGCGAGAAAGUGCUGAGGAAAAAAAAAGAGAGAAAAGAGAAAAUAUGUCAGCUUUACAUUUGGGCCCAAGUCUCGAGGGUAGCUAUGUGCCCGUGGACACUUGCUCUGUGGCCAGGGAGAUACCUGAAGAUGAUGAGGAUGACUUCCAGGAUGCCUGUGAGUCCAUUCCACCCCAACCCACCACCACAGUGGACUUAGAAACAUCCCUACAAGAGGUUAACCUUGCCCUCAACUACUUCUUCAACAAUCGCUUCGAAGAGGCCAGGAACAUCUUGAAGCUCCGUGCCACUUCAAGCAUGUACCAUUCUGUGGGUACUUCUGUGUUUGCUGUCCUCGAAGCCGUCCUCACGUUUGAACCACAGCACAUCCUGGAAGCUGCAUCGUCACUGAAAGUGUGCCUAUCCGUGUGCAAUCGCCAUAGACGGAAAAUCACAAUUUCCGAGACAAUUGGGAAGACCUUCAAGCGUCCCAACUAUGAAUCCUACACGGCAUUGGAAGCACAUGCUGAGCUGUGUGCAGCUGAGGCACUUCUCAUGCGUGCCAUGAUCACGUUCAUCGAAGACGAGACAUUGACGAGUCUCAUUAAGGGUGGGAUGAAGAUUAGGGCUUGUUUUGGCAGCUACAAGGAAUGCAGUGUACUUCUGAAUCGUGUAAAGUGGCCUUCGAAGGAAACUCGAAUGCACUUCGAGAGUGGAGUGAGAAUUGGUGUAGGUGGCUUCAAUUUGAUGGUGUCUCUGUUGCCGGCUAGAGUCAUCAGGCUGCUGGAAUUUAUAGGGUUUAGUGGGAAUAAGGAAGUGGGAAUGAGAGAACUUAUGGCAGGAUAUCAACUUCAAGGACUGAGGCAAGUGCUUUGUGUGAUGACACUGCUAGGGUAUCAUCUGAUUGUGUGCUAUGUUCUGAGUCAUCGAGAGGGCGAUUUGGCGUUUUGUGAUGAAAUCCUUGAGCAGCAGCUGGAGAUCUAUCCAAAUGGUGUGUGGUUUCUGUUUUUCAAGGGACGCCUGGAAUUUAUGCGUGGUAAUCUCGAGGAAGCUACACAUUGGUACAAGAAAUCCUGGCGUUCCCAGACAGUUUGGCCACAAUUCCAUCAUGUUUGCUUCUGGGAAUUACUCUGGAUCAACUGCCUGCGUUUACAAUGGCGCGAAGCUUUGCUGUAUGCUGCUAAUCUUCUCGAUCACAGUCGAUGGUCACGUACGAUCUAUACAUACCAAAAGGCAGCGAUUCUUAUGCAAAUUCCCGAAGAGGAACUUACACCUGAUGAGAGACGUUCUAUAGAAUUCCUCAUGCGAGAUGCUCCACUGCAUAAGCAGAGAAUUGCCGGAAAGUCAAUUCCACUGGAGAAAUUUGUGGUGAAAAAAUGUGAGAGAUUUUUCUCUCAAGGACGCUUCCUGCUACUGGGAGCUAUUGAACUUAUGUACAUUUGGAACAUGUUUAAAAUCCUCGGAAGGCACUUUCACUUAGCUGAUGGGAUACUCAAACUUAUCGAUAGAGUUACUGCUGAUGAUAAAAUGCCUGUGACUCGAUUUGAUGCAGACAACAGAGCACUGGCUAAUCUCCUCAAGGGUGCUUGUCUCAAGCAAAUGAAGAGUCCACUGCAGGCACUCAAGCAUUUUGAGGCCGUUGUAGCAAUGCAUAAAGACAUCAAGGAGGACACCUAUUUGAUCCCUUAUGCAAUUGUUGAGAUUGGACUUAUUUAUGCUGAACAGGGUAAACGGGAAAAUGCUAUAAUGGCACUGGAGGAUGCAAAGAAAAAUUUUACGGGAUAUUCACUGGAGUCAAGACUUCACUUCCGAAUUCACUUGGCACUGACUGACUUGAGAAAUCAUCAAUCUCAGAAAGAUUCCUAAGAAGCUAGUCACCAAAAAAAAAGAAAUAAUUAUGUUACAAUGAAAGUCGAUCCACUGAAAAUUAGGACUAUAUUGAAGUAAUUGUGUUGAAGGAUUACUCUCUUUUUGCAUUAGAUGGAAUGGAUUAUUUUGUAUUGGUCAGUAUUUUUCUACUAAUUACUGAGUAUAAUAUUGUGUCUUUUUUUUCUAGAUAUUAGGUCCAAUUAGAGUUUAUUGUUGAGCAAUGUGAGAAAAAAUAAAAAGAAAAAGGCGGGAAA